AUGGCAGUUGACUGCAUUCCCAUGGCCUCGAGUCAUCACUUCAACCAACUUAAUCAAGAUCGACCAAACGUGCGAGCAAGCAUGGGCAGCAACAACCCAUAUGCCCGCUUCAUGUCGCCAGCACCGUCUGGCUACUCCCAGCGGUCGCGUUCUGAGUCACUGAACUCGACGCCUUCUAUCUGGUACUCCGGCGCACCCGAACAUUACCCGGUGGAGCCGAGACGCAAACGCGAGUCCUCUGCUCCCCAUCGUCGCCGCACCACCAAGUCCAACCGCCACUCGAUGAUCGUGCAGCCUGAUAUCAUCGACAGGCUGGACAAUGUCAGCAAUUUCUCCUAUCACCACGAGGGUCCGUAUGACGCGACCCGCCCUGAGCGCAACCGCUUCAGUCAGUCCAGCCCGCUGGAGGCUGUCAAGGAAUCCAAUGCCGAGGCCCUCCGGGCUACUCCGCACCACAAGAUUGCCGAUGCCCUAAACAGUCACCGCCCAUUGGAUGGCGUGGCUUUCUAUCCUCCUGGAACCAUGGAUCGCAACGGCCAGGAGUACUCUUACGAAGAGGGCUCGAACAUGAUGAAUGACUUUUCUGGUAACUUUAUGCGCCUCCCUGGCACGAAAUUCACCGAUGAGGACUUCAAGAACGAUCCCUUCUACAAUCGUCCUUUGGUGAACCCGUUCUCUGAACUACGAAAGAAAAUCAGUCUGCGACUCAAGAAAAGACGCAACACUCAUUAA